CUGAUUCCCAGUCAGUCAGUCAGUCCCGCAGAGCUUUGCUCCAGCUUUGUACAGUCUGUCAGCAAAAAUGAGCGACAAAGGUCUGUCGGACGAGGCAGCGGCGUCAGCUUGUAAAGAUGCAGAUCCAAUCACCAAGGAUUUCAUGAUGCAGCAGACUAUGCUGCGGGUUAAAGAUCCAGUCAAAUCCUUGGAUUUUUACACUAGAAUCCUCGGCAUGACGCUUAUGCAGAAGUUUGACUUCCCCUCCAUGCGUUUCUCACUGUUCUUCUUGGGCUACGAGGACAAGAAGGAGAUUCCCACAGAUGUGAAGGAGAAGACGGCCUGGACCUUCUCCAGAAGAGCCACCAUUGAGCUGACUCAUAACUGGGGCUCCGAGGCUGAUGAGAGCCAGUCUUAUCACAAUGGAAACUCAGAUCCACGUGGCUUUGGACACAUUGGAAUUGCAGUUCCUGACGUCUAUGCAGCCUGCAAACUGUUUGAAGAGCAAGGAGUUGCAUUUGUCAAGAAGCCAGAUGAUGGUAAAAUGAAAGGCUUGGCCUUCAUUCAGGACCCUGAUGGUUACUGGAUUGAGAUCCUGAGUCCUAACAACAUGGUGUCCAUUACCUCCUAAAAGCUAUGACAACAUACUACCUGCUGCAGUGUAAACAGGCCAGACCUGCUGCGACUUCAGCGAGCAGAACGUCUGGGUUUAGCGAAGAAUUUAGCAACAUGCGCCGGAGAUCUCAGGGGGGAAGCGGAGCAGGUUCACUUGCAUAAUGGCGAUCAGUGUGCCCUGGCACGGGCUGGACUUACAUGGGACAGUUGAUCAACAAAUAGAUUAAAUACCUGAGUUAUUGCUACGGACAGCAUCUACUGUGGUAGCUGUUGUGUUCAUCUACCAUCAUCCGUUUGUAUGUGUCUUCAAAAAGUGAUGCUAAAAAUAUAAAAUGGUGUUACUGUGUAAUAAAUGUGAAAGCCUUCGUUUAAACAAAGAUGGAUUUGUGAUUUAUUCUAGUUUCGAGAGACUCGGCAAAAAAAGUAACUGUUUUUGCAAAUACACUUAAGGGCAGUUGAUCACAUUUAAG